AUGUUGGCUGAAAUGUUUCUCGAAUUGCCAUGGACCAACAACGAUGAUAUUCCCAUUGAGGAUCUCAAAAGUCAAUCUCCACUUCUUCGUUUAUUCACUGAUGAAAAAACGCCGACUCGCUUCUCAUCGGAUCAAUACCAAACGAUCACGGAUAUCGACAAAAUGUUGCAGUCCUGUAAUUACUACGAUCAUCCCAACUACGAAAUGGUCCAUGAGUUCUUGAAAGGAGUGAUGGCAAAGUCCAAAGUGACUUGGGAUUCACCAUAUGAUUGGGAAACGGCUGCGAAAUCGGAGGAGCUGUCCAAAGGUCCCAAGUCGAAAAAGAAGGGAGAUAAAGGAUGGGAGGACCCGAAGGACUUUUUUAAGAUUUGA